UUAGCUGUGUGCAGUGAACCAAGACAUGCGGGAAACGUGCAUAGCAAAGGUUCAAAAAUGUCCUCGGUGGUCGACCCAUUGCUUUCCACUGUCACUCUCGAUUUAUUGCGGCCUAAAGAGACGUUAGGCAAUCCCGAAGAACAUUUCAGAAAGAUAUGGUUCGACAUCGAUAGCUUGAAUUUUUCACAAUUCAAUGGCAAAGUGGACCUUUUUGAUGACGGCGGUGCAUUUGACUCCGAAAGCUCGCUCGAUUCAGACUACGAGCUGAAUUACAACGAGAAAUAUUUCUGCCAGGAAGACCUAAUCGAAAGCAAGCUGAAAGAUACAGAGUUGUUGUACGAAUUGCCAUAUCAACAGGAUGUCAUUUGCUUGGAACUACGCUCUUCUAGCCCUGAUAAUUUAUCAAGUUGCAGUCCUACGAGCGAGUCUUCUUCUGACAUCGAAAUUCAGCUAGACUGCAUCCAGCCUGGAGGACUCACGUGCGCCGAUGUUGAGAUGAAACCUGUCUGUACGACCAUCAAACAGACCUCGGAAGGCACGCAAACUGACAACGAAUCAAUGAGUACCGAGUCUUUGACCAAACUGGCGAAGGCAAAACUGACGAUCGAAGGUUCUGCAGGAAACUCCAGCUCUUCAAAGCCAAACUCGAAUACAUUAAAGGCAACUAGCUCUUCAAAUGCUAAUGAUGCGAAGGAUUCCACUGAUCCAACCCCAACGCAGUUACCCAAAGGGAAGCGAACAUUGGCAAGGACUCAUAAAUGUACAUUCGAAGGAUGCAAUAAAUCGUAUACUAAAAGCUCGCAUCUUAAAGCUCACCAACGAACCCACACGGGUGAAAAACCAUAUCAGUGCAACUGGAAAGACUGUGGCUGGCGAUUUGCGCGAUCCGAUGAACUUACAAGGCAUUACCGAAAACAUACGGGGAUUAAGCCAUUUAAAUGUACAACGUGCGACCGUAGCUUUUCGCGAUCAGAUCACUUGUCGCUUCACAUGAAACGACAUUACUAAAGUGUGCUAUGAAGGACAAAAGAGAAACUUAUCGUGUAUGAAAUUCCAGCUUGGUCCUCUAUGCGAAGCUGUAGGGAAAUGAUACCCAUCAAGUAAUAUUUACAAUUUUAUACUCUAUGAAAAAGUGCCCAAACAAGAAAAGACAGUUACGAAAAUGGGUUCAAUUGAAUCUUAAUAUUGAGUUAGGAUUUUAAAAAAGAAAGAGGAAAAAGCUUAUUAUUGAGGUGGCAAAUACCACUCAUAAAAUGUGUACAUUAAUAUGUCAGCAAAACUAAAAUAAAUGCAUAGCAUUAUAAAAUGA